CGUGUACGCGGGCUCAAGUCUAUAUUUAAAGUCGAAUUUUCUGAUUUUGUGUCGGUUUUGUUGGCAUAUAAUCAAAUUCUAUACAUCGAAAAUGUCUGGUUCUGAGCAGGAUAAUAAGCCUGAUGGUAAAAUGGUCUCUAUACCUUUGUCAUCAGACGAUGAGCUUACAUAUGGAGGGAAUUACCGAGCUAAUCUUCAAGACAACAGGUCAGGUGAAAGCCUUGAUGAAGAUGAAGCUGAAGAAAAAAACAGAAUUAUCAAUGAAGUACUAGAAUUACAGAAUACUCUAGAUGAUUUGUCACAAAGAGUUGAUGCAGUAAAAGAUGAAAAUUUGAAGUUAAAAUCUGAAAACCAGGUUCUUGGCCAGUACAUUGAAAAUCUCAUGUCAGCAUCAAGUGUCUUUCAACCAACCAACACAGGUGGCAAAAAAAGGGAAAGCCCAAGCAAACCAACAUCAAAGAAAGGUGACAAAAGAUGAGAAAAUAUCAAUCAGAGUUAAUGAUAUCUAAUUAAAAUCACUGCAGUAAAUGUUUUAUUGGCAUGCUUCAAAAAAAAUUCUCAGUUUCAGUCAAGAGAUACUUUCGUGCAUGGCUGUAGUCUUAUCUUGGCUAAACUGCCCUCUUAUUUGUAAAUAGAUUAAAUAUUAAGUUAUGUUGGGAAGUUUUAUAGACUUCAUGUUGUUUUAUUUAAGGAUACAGCACCUUAAAAUAAUGCAAAAUACAACGUACAUGUGCAUUGCAGUUAUUUGUAAAAUUCAAAUUGAAAAUGUUAUACAAACACAAAAAUUAAAUUAUAUUAUGGAUGAUUUUAAAACAUUACAAUGCACAAUCCAAAAGCAAAAUUGACUGCUUUGAUGUCAACAUUUUAUUGCAUUUUAUGUACCAAAAACAUUUCUCUUCAGAAAAAAGUUGGUAGUGAGGGGGAGGGUGGGAAUGCAUUUCUCUGGCUUGCCAUCCUCACAUGGUAGUACUAAUAAUCUCAAUGAAAGGUUUUCAUACUUUGUAUUCUGAAGUAUGGCAGGAUAUUUUCAGGAACAAUUAACAGUUGGCAGUGGUGAAAUCGAAUAUAAAGCUAGUAGCCAUAGUAGAAAAUUGAUAGGCAAGGUGGUUCCCUCUAUCAUUUUUCAGCAUGUAUUUUUGAUUUGAGCCCACAUUUCAAGAUCCUCCCCCUUCCCAGCAGGGGUUGUUAUUGUUAUCCUCACUUAAGCACUGCACUUGUGUAUAUUCAAUUGUAAUGAAAAAAGUUGCAUUUUGGGAGAGUUUUUUGAUUGGUUACCCCCCCAGAAAGCAAAGCAUUAUGGGCUGUGGGAGAGUAGAGAAUGAUGACACUCCAGUUGUUCUCCGUCUGUAAAACCAACAGCCCAAACAAUCCACGAUCGACCUUACUUCGUUAUAUCACACUGACAGCAAAUUAAAUUUUUACCAUUCAUAAA